CUGAGAACAGUGAGAACACAGUGAUCUAGAACCCUGCAGGAUGAAACACACUGAAGAACAGAGAGACCUGAUGGAAGAGAAUGAAGAACUGAGUGAAGUGGAGGAGAAACAUGUCAAACCCGGAGAAAAACCUCAGAGUCGCUCGAAAACUAAAAAUAAAUUUUUAAAGGAAAGAAGAGCUGAGAAAUCUUUUCUCUGCCUUCAGUGUGGAAAGAGUUUCCCAUUCAAACAAAAUCUUGAGAUUCACAUGAGAGUCCACACUAGAGAGCGACCGUAUGCAUGUGAUCAAUGUGGAAAGAGUUUCUCAUUGAAAAGCUAUCUUGCUGUUCACAUGAGAUUCCACACCGGAGAAAAGCCAUACGCAUGCGAUCAAUGUGACCAAACAUUUCAUGUGUCUUCAUCCCUGAAGAAACACCUGGCCGUUCAUACGAAGGAGAAGCCACAUACAUGUUCUUUAUGUGGAAAGAGUUUUUCACUGCUGCAAAGUUUAAAGUCACAUCAGAAGUUACAUAACGCUGUGAGAGAUUAUAUGUGCUUUGAGUGUGGGAAGACGUUUAUUUCAGCAAAUGAAUUGAAACUGCAUCAGCGGAUCCACACUGGAGAGAAACCUUACAAGUGUUCACACUGCGACAUGAAAUUCAGUCGGUCAUCAAAUAUGAAAUCACAUGAGCGGAUCCACACUGGAGAGAAACCUUACAAGUGUUCACACUGCGACAUGAAAUUCAGUCGGUCAUCAAAUAUGAAAUCACAUGAGCGGAUCCACACUGGAGAGAAACCUUACAAGUGUUCACACUGCGACAUGAAAUUCAGUCGGUCAUCAAAUAUGAAAUCACAUGAGCGGAUCCACACUGGAGAGAAACCUUACAAGUGUUCACACUGCGGCAAGAGAUUCAGUCUGUCAUUCAGUCUGAAAUCACAUGAGCGGAUCCACACUGGAGAGAAACCUUACAAGUGUUCACACUGCGACAUGAAAUUCAGUCGGUCAUCAAAUAUGAAAUCACAUGAGCGGAUCCACACUGGAAAGAAGCCUUACAAGUGUUCGCACUGCGACAUGAGAUUCAGUCGGUCAUCAAAUCUGAAAAGACAUGAGCUGAUCCACAGUAGAGAGAAGCUGCACACGUGUGAUCAGUGCUCAAGGAGUUUCACUUCUAUAACUCACCUGAAGCUACACAUGAAGAUCCAUGCAGUAAAGAAACCAGACCACCGUGAUCCAUGCGGGCAGAGUUUCGCUCCGUUACCUUCUUUAUUCACUCACAACAAUCACAGUCUGAAAUCACGAACUGCCACGAGUGGCGAGAACAGUGAUCCAGAAUGAAACAUCAUGAUGCUGAAGAACAUGCUGAUGCUCACUAGAUUUACACUAUUCCAGGUCAAGGAUUUCAACAUUUUAUCUAAAAUUGUCACAGGAAAAGCCACGUGUAAGGCUGGACUCAGAAUCUUCACAUCCAACAAAACAAUAAAACCGACUGAUCUGGCAAAGAGAUCUUCAGGAAAAACAACAGACAGUUACUAUAUAUAUUCUUUUCCUUCACUUACCUGUGGACA